UUCCUGGUGGAACUGUCCCGAGUGCUGGCAAACCCAGGCAACAGCCAGGUUGCCCGCGUAGCGGCUGGCUUGCAGAUCAAGAACUCCCUGACGUCCAAGGACCCCGACAUCAAGGCCCAGUACCAGCAGAGAUGGCUCGCCAUCGACGCCAACGCCCGCCGGGAGGUCAAGAACUACGUGCUGCAGACAUUGGGCACAGAAACGUACCGGCCCAGCUCAGCCUCCCAGUGCGUGGCCGGCAUCGCCUGCGCCGAGAUCCCCAUGAACCAGUGGCCCGAGCUCAUUCCCCAGUUGGUAGCCAACGUUACGAAUCAGCACAGCACGGAGCACAUGAAAGAGUCGACGUUGGAGGCCAUCGGAUACAUCUGUCAGGACAUCGAUCCAGAGCAGCUUCAGGACAAAUCCAAUGAAAUCCUGACAGCCAUCAUCCAGGGAAUGAGAAAGGAAGAGCCCAGCAACAAUGUGAAGCUAGCAGCUACUAAUGCACUCCUGAACUCUUUGGAAUUCACCAAAGCAAACUUUGACAAAGAGUCUGAAAGGCACUUUAUUAUGCAAGUAGUCUGUGAAGCAACACAGUGUCCAGAUACAAGGGUACGAGUGGCUGCCUUACAGAAUCUGGUGAAGAUAAUGUCCCUUUAUUACCAGUAUAUGGAGACGUACAUGGGUCCCGCGCUUUUUGCUAUAACUAUUGAAGCAAUGAAAAGUGACAUAGAUGAGGUGGCUCUACAGGGGAUAGAGUUCUGGUCAAACGUCUGCGACGAGGAGAUGGACCUGGCUAUAGAGGCAUCUGAGGCAGCAGAGCAAGGAAGGCCUCCGGAGCACACUAGCAAAUUUUACGCGAAGGGAGCACUACAGUAUUUGGUCCCAAUUCUAACACAGACGUUAACAAAACAGGAUGAAAACGAUGACGACGACGACUGGAACCCCUGCAAAGCAGCAGGAGUGUGCCUCAUGCUCCUGGCGACCUGCUGUGAAGAUGACAUUGUUCCUCACGUGCUGCCCUUUAUUAAAGAACACAUUAAAAAUCCGGACUGGCGAUACAGAGAUGCAGCUGUGAUGGCUUUCGGGUGCAUUUUGGAAGGACCAGAGCCUAACCAGCUCAAACCACUAGUCAUACAGGCAAUGCCAACUCUAAUAGAGCUAAUGAAGGACCCCAGCGUUGUGGUUCGAGACACAACUGCCUGGACCGUGGGCAGGAUCUGUGAGAUGCUUCCUGAAGCUGCCAUCAAUGACAUUUACCUCGCUCCACUGCUGCAGUGUCUGAUGGAGGGCCUGAGCGCUGAGCCCAGAGUGGCCUCCAACGUGUGCUGGGCCUUCUCUAGUCUUGCUGAAGCUGCCUAUGAAGCUGCAGAUGUAGCUGAUGAUCAGGAAGAACCAGCAACCUACUGCUUAUCCUCUUCGUUUGAGCUAAUAGUUCAGAAACUUCUGGAAACUGCAGAUAGGCCUGAUGGACACCAGAAUAACUUGAGGAGCUCUGCAUAUGAAUCUCUGAUGGAAAUAGUGAAAAACAGUGCCAAGGACUGUUACCCUGCUGUCCAGAAGACAACUCUGGUCAUUAUGGAGCGACUUCAGCAAGUGCUGCAGAUGGAGUCUCACAUCCAGAGCACUUCUGACAGAAUCCAGUUCAAUGAUCUUCAGUCCCUUCUUUGUGCUACUCUACAGAACGUCCUCCGGAAGGUCCAGCACCAGGAUGCUUUGCAGAUCUCCGACGUGGUGAUGGCAUCUCUGCUGAGAAUGUUCCAGAGCACGGCGGGCUCGGGGGGCGUGCAGGAGGAUGCCUUGAUGGCCGUCAGCACCCUGGUAGAAGUCUUAGGUGGAGAGUUUCUGAAGUACAUGGAUGCCUUCAAACCGUUCCUUGGCAUUGGACUGAAGAACUAUGCUGAGUACCAG